GUGUCUGCAGCCCCUCCCUCCUGCUGCAGCUCAGGAUUCUGAUGUAAUUAAGUUGUUACACAGCAAGGAGCAACAGCGAGAGACCACCCAGUUUGUGUAAGCCACUGACACUGAUCUGACUUGGAAGAACAUACAAGGCCUUUGGGAGCUUCAAGAAGAACCGUCUGAAGUGGUGAUCAUAUUCAGCCAUCGGACACACAAUCAAAGCUGUGGGAAGCAUCAGCUGAGCACAUAGCAGGCGGCAGCAGUCACCAUGAUUGACCUGAGCUUCCUGACGGAGGAGGAGCAGGAAACCAUCCUGGCUGUGUUGAAAAGAGAUGCUGAGCUGAAGAAAGCUGAGGAGCAGCGUGUCCAUAACCUGCAGAAGACUAUUAGCGACAGGAGCCAGCUGAGGUACUUGACUGGAGAAUGGUUCUAUGAGACCAAGCAGCUUCGACAUCAGGAUCGCAUCCAUGGCUCUGACAUCAUUAGGGCCUCCAUGAGACACACACAUAAACCAUUAACUAUAUUGGAGCUCUGUCAGAUAUUGCCUGAGAAGUCCAGUUUUGUCAGCAGUGAAAAUAAGGAAGUGUUUAUCCCACCUGUGCUCUGUGGACUCCUUCAGGAGUCUCACUUGCACCUCAGCAAUGAAAGGUAUCAAAACCAGAACCCUUAUGAAAUACCACAAGAUAUUCCUAAACCAGUUUUACAGUCACCCACAAAGCAGAGAAAAAAUCCUUUCAACACUGAGUUCAAUGCAAGUCACCCUUUUGAAGAAAAGGACAGUCAGUUAUUGGAUGGAGCAGUGGAUCAAAACACACAGAAACCAAGUGAGGAUGUCUCUGAGCACUGUCAUUCAGAGCUCCUAAGCUCUGCAGUGACUGACCUUGUUUCUGCUGAGCAGGAGUCAGGUAAGCCUGUUGACCUGGAGACAGAGCUUGAAGAGGACUGUCACUCUAAGGCCAAGGCUAAUGUUGCAUCUGGGCCUGAACAAAGCACAGACAUUUCUGUCAAGGCUACCUCAGACACCAAAGGCAGCUCAAAGGGUUCAUCUCAUGCUGUUUCACCACGGCCUAGACAAAGAAUGCUAGGAAUUUUUAGAACAGAGAAACAGAAAUGUGCUGAAGUGCACAUGAUUCAUCCACAGAAAGAGGUGAAGAUACAGCAGAAAGAACCAGGCAAUACACAGAAUAUCUCCCUCUGUGCUACAGAGGAAGGUGUAGACACUGUGGACAAACCUUCAAGUGUCAAACAUAAAGUUAAACCCUCUGAGAUGACGGAGGUCAGAAACCUACAUCUUAAAGCACUACAGAACACUUCAUUUAAAGAAACACUGACCACAGUAGAUGCAGAAAUUCAGCAAAAUGCAGCAGGAGGCAGAGUUGUUCAGUUUCCAGAGAGACCAUUGAAUCUGAAAGCUUCCUGGGAGAGAGAAAACACUUGUGCCAUAGAAGAGGCAAUACAAGAAGAUAUCUCCAAGACAGGAAAAGAAGCUUUAUAUGGCCCUCAGACAUAUGUGGAGAACAAAACAAAUCUCUCAGCUCAAAAAGAAAUGACAGUUGAGGAUGCCAUUGGCAGGUCCCAGGAAAAGAUUUUGUUAGCACAGACUGAAUGCAGCCUCUCGGUAGAUUUAUCAAAAGAAGAUGGCACAUAUAGAGCUAAUCCAGUCCUCAUCUAUGAAGAGACUGAUGACUCUUUGACAGGUUCAGUAACAGAGUCACAGGUUUCUGAGUCACAGGAAAACAUCAUCACUCUUGAAUCUUCCUUUGUAGCCCAAAAGCAGCCAGGGGGUGUUCCAAUUUCUGUACCCAGACCAACCAGUUCUGGUCAUCAGGAGGACAAGCCAGCACCGCAUCACACUGGUGAGCUUAAGCAUUUCUGGGAGACAAGAGUCAAAGAAGCCUCAAGCAGCUCAAUACUCAGUGAUAAAGUAGUUUCCCCUCAGUCUGAUCUAAGAACACACUUAAUUAACAAAGAGAAGUCUGACAGAGAGGAACAGACAUCUCCACUCCAAACUAGGAAUGUUGUCUUGAAAUCAUUGAAAGUGACAGACAAAGGUUUUGUCAGUCAGAGUCCAGACAGGUCACACCAAAGAAGGUCUGCUAAUACUAUGGAUGCACAGUCAGCAUGUCACCAAUACCAAGUCAAAGCUGAUACAGACUCUCAGGGGAACCUCCUCAGUUCCAGUAAAUUCCAAAUGCCAAGUUCACAACACCAGGAUGACGAGGUCAGGAGGAGUCCAUUGAAGACCUGCCACCCAAGGGUCCUACCUAGAGAUUCCUCCAGUCCUAGGACAUCCAGGCUGGAGGGUUCUCCCUUGAAAACUUUUCCUAUAGACAUCAACCCUCAGACUAAGGCUGCUGAAGAGCAACAAGGGAAGUUAAUACCAGUGCCAAGACAGAGGAAGAGUCCCUCACAUGGAGUAAAGCAAACAGUGUUGACAGAUACCAAACCUAGUUCAGACAUUACCUCAUGUCCUCUGCCUUUACAUCCUGAGGACAGAGGUGCUUGCUUUGGUAAUGUAAAUACACAACAAAGUAAUUCAAGCUCCUCUACUUCACCACAGUCCAAAAAAGCUUCAGAGAAGAAACUGGGGACUUUUACAUACCUGGCCAGAUCUUUUGUCUCUCAGGAUUGUCAGCACUACCUCGGGCCACAGGAGAAGGCCCAUGCCCCUCCUUUUCACCAAGAGAAAGAUGUUGCUGAACAGAGUGAUGCAGUGCAUGGACCACAAAAUGCCCUCAGAGGCUUUGUGGCAAACCAGAGUGACAGUCCUACUGAGGGGAAUCUUCCUAGAAUCAGUUCUUGGAUUGUGGAAAAGAAAGAUGGAAACUCCAGCCAAGACACAACACCCAGGGCCUUGUACCCGUUGCGGACAAGUUCAGGCAGUUAUGUUGAGAGCUCUAGUCCCAUCAUGUCAGCUCUGAAACGAUUAUCUUCAAGGAGCAUGUCGUCGUCUAAAAGUCUGGAAAAUCUCACCUCACAAACAAGAGAAGAGAAGACCAAAAAUAACUCAAGAGAGCAAAUUAAUUUAAGUGUGGAUGAUGUUUCUUCACCUCCACCAUCAGCCUUUACUCUCCCUAACUCCAAGAAGAUCAAAAACAAUCUGUCAGUGCCCGUUCUGCAGCAGGAUGAGACAGAUGGCGACAGCAUGUUUGAGACCAACUUGGGUUUGAGAAGAAACACAGGCAGUUCCACAUCAAACAUAAGUCUCUCCUCAGGACUAGCCUCCAUGUCGUCUGUCGGCGGCAGUACCAGCAGCAUUUACCCUGCAGACUUUGGUGACAUUGACGUCCAGGGAAACAUCCAGUUUGCUGUGAACUACAUCCAGAAGCUUGGAGAAUUUCACAUCUUUGUGGUGCACUGUAGGGAACUGGCCAUUGCCGACACCAAAAAGAACCGCUCAGACCCGUAUGUGAAAUGUUAUAUUCUUCCUGACAAAACAAAGUUGGGAAAGAGAAAAACCACAGUAAAAAAGAAGACUGUAAACCCCACCUACAAUGAAAUCCUCCGCUUUAAAAUCCCAAUGGAGGUGUUGAAAACUCAGAAGUUGAACAUCUCGGUGUGGCACAACGACACUUUUGGGCGGAACUGCUUCUUGGGCGAGGUGGAUCUGGAUUUGUCAGAGUGGGACUUCAACAACACACAGAUAAAUGAAUAUCCAUUAGAAGCUAGGGUGUCAGCACAAACCUCAGCACUGUCUCCUUCACGUCUGAUGGACGGCAGAGGACAGAUAAGAGUUGCCCUGAGAUUCUUGCCGCAGACAUCACACAGUAAGAGAACAUCUAGGAUGGAAACUGGUGAAGUGCAGAUUUGGGUGAAAGAUUGCAAGAAUCUCCCUUCAGUCAGAGGAGUUAUUAUUGACCCAUUUGUGAAAUGCACCGUACUUCCUGACACAAGCAGGAAAAGCCGUCAGAAGACACGGGUGGUGAAGAGGACAGCCAACCCAAUGUUCAACCACACCAUGGUGUAUGAUGGCUUCCACACAGAGGACCUCAGAGAGGCCUGUGUGGAGAUCACAGUGUGGGAUCAUGACAGACUAAACAGCCACUACAUUGGAGGCCUGAGGCUUGGGCUAGGGACAGGAAAGAGUUAUGGAGUGGAAGUGGCUUGGAUGGAUUCAACGACAGAUGAAGCAAAUUUAUGGCAGAGGAUGUUACAGUCUGAUGGGGAAUGGGUGGAGGAUGUUUUACCUCUGAGAAUGUUGGUGAUGGCAAAAAACUUGUCUAAAUGAGGUUGCUUAAAAUGUGAUGACAAAUGUGUGGAUUUGGAUAGAGCUACACAUUUUGAGUGGAGGAAGCAGCUUUGAUUAACCAUGUGUAUGUAUCUGUAUAACUGAUGAUCAUUGUAUCAUAAAGUAAUACACAACCUACUUUUGUUUGUAUAGUCCAAACCACAUGUUACAUUUGUUGUCUCAUAUUUUAUUAUUAUUAUUGGUCAAAAAAAAAAAAAAGAUAUAAAGUAGGGUAGAGGAUACAAUGUAAACUAAAUGAAAUUUGUGAUCUGAAGGUAUAUUCUACCUGAGCAUUUAUGAUUUGUAUAUAGUCCUGUAAUUGCAAGGUGAUUACUGCAUCAAGCACUUCCAUCUUCAAUAAACUGAAUAUUAAUGUGA